AUGAACAAUCGCCGGCAGUGUGUGGCGUGCUCGGGUCGCGCGCCGCCGUGCCACGCUCCUGCGGGACCCAACUUAUCACGCGCAAACUUUGCUGUGGGGUUUAAAUAUUAACUGGCAUGGAUAGUUUGAAAAAGGAAUGAGCUUCAGAACGCAGCCUUAACCGCAGUAGGAAAUAUGCAGUCUUGGUGGUCGUUGUACCUACUGGCUGUCUUCAUGCUUGGUUUAGAUUCUAAGCUUGCAGGGCAAGCUUUUCAACCGGAAUUUGUAGAGCCAAUAACAAAUUUGACUGUAGCCAUUGGACGGAAUGCAACAUUUAGGUGUCUAGUGCAGAACCUCGGAGGUUACAGAGUAGGAUGGGUGAAGGCAGACACGAAGGCAAUUCAAGCAAUACACGUGCACGUCAUAACUAACAAUCAUAGAGUGGGAGUGUCGCACAACGGACAAACGGUUUGGAAUCUUCACAUCAGGAACGUCCAAGAAGAAGACCGGGGCCAGUAUAUGUGCCAAAUUAACACCGAUCCAAUGCAAAGCCAGAUGGGCUAUCUGGACGUGGUGAUCCCUCCAGACUUUAUUUCCGAAGAGACGUCGAGCGACGUCAUGGUUCCAGAGGGCGGAACCGUGCGCGUUUCAUGUCGCGCGCGCGGCAUUCCGGCCCCCAUGGUGGUGUGGCGCCGCGAGGACGGCGCGGACAUCGUGCUUAGGGAUCAGUAUGGAGGGAAAACUAAAGUGAACAUGUACAAAGAAGAGGUAUUGACCCUGAGUAAAGUCUCUCGGUCGGACAUGGGCGCCUACCUCUGCAUAGCGAGCAACGGCGUUCCCCCCACCGUGAGCAAGAGGAUACUGAUCAAAGUGCACUUUCACCCGGUGAUCCAAGUGCCGAACCAGCUAGUGGGUGCUCCGCUGGGCACUGACGUCACGCUCGAGUGCUACGUCGAGUCCUCGCCCAAGUCCAUUAACUAUUGGGUCAGAGAUUCAAAUGAAAUGGUGAUAUCAUCCAAUAAGUAUGAAGUGGUGAACACGGCGUUGAGCUCAUUCGAGAGCCGCAUGGCGCUGACGGUGAGGGGGCUGACCGCGGCCGACGUCGGCGGCUACCGCUGCGUGGCCAAGAACUCUUUGGGGGAAGUCGACAGCGUCAUCAGACUGUAUGAAAUACCUGGACCGACCGCACGCAAUACCAGUCCCGCAACGAGCAAAGAAGAAUACAAAUACUCAACACCCAUGGAGGGGCCCGACGACCAAUUCGGAUCGGCUGACAGAUCCGACGAUGAAGAAGAUAAAGAACCCACCUACUACCCCACGGAAAGGGAACACAACGUUCGAACCGUUCUCGAAAAUACCACUAAGAAUCGUUCUUUUGUUUUUACACCUUCGGUAAAACAAAAACUUAGCAACAAAGUUAGUAAAAUAUUAAACCAAUUAGAAAUAGAAGACUCAGAUUUCGAACUCAAUAGAAGCAGUAAUUUAAAUCAAAUUAUUCUAGUAGCCUAUACUUUCUGUGGUGUAACUAUCAGUUUAUUACAUGGGUAGACAAUAUAUUUAUGCUGUCAUUAUAC